CUGUUUCCAUAUCUGUAGCCCCUCACUAUACCAAACGCCAAAGACUUUCAUUUUUCUCUUCUUUUUUCAUGCCUCAAUUAUACUCGUCCUCCUAUAUAUAUAGACCCUUGGUCCAUUUCCCAUACCCCUUUAACUUUAAUCACAUAUAAAAAUAUAUUUAACACUGCCCAUCACUUCAAAAAACAAGAAGAAAAAAUAAACAUGAAGCUGUAUGUCAAAGAAUUUUCUCUUCAUGUUCUUCUUGUUUAUAUGAUAAUGAUAUUCUUGUUUUUCACGUACCAAUCUAAUGCUUCUACACAAUCCUUUGUUUAUGGCGGAUGUUCACAACAGAAAUACAAUCCUGGUACAGUUUACGAGUCAAACGUUAACUCGCUCCUCACUUCACUAGUCAACUCAGCAUCUUACGCAAAUUUCAACAACUUCAAGAUUUCUCUACCUGGUUCAAGUCAAAACGACGUCGUUUACGGCCUCUUUCAGUGCCGAGGCGACUUGGGAAACUCCGACUGUCGGAAAUGCGUGGCUACGGCGGUAAGCAGAGUCGGGACACUCUGCACCACCACGUGCGGCGGCGCGUUGCAGUUAGACGGGUGUUUCGUGAAGUACGAUAAUGUUUCUUUUCUUGGUGUGGAAGACAAAGGUGUUGUCAUGCACAAAUGUGGACCGUCGAUUAUGGAUGAUAAUGAGAUGUUGACUAGAAACGACGCCGUUUUAACGUAUUUAGGUGCUGUGCCACAGGGUCAAUAUUUUAGAGUUGGCGGGUCGGGGAAAGUUCAGGCUGUGGCGCAGUGUACGCAAGAUUUGAGUGUGAGCGAGUGUGAAGAUUGCUUAUCGGAGGCGAUCAGACAGCUGAAAAAUGAGUGUGGGUCCUCACCUUGGGGAGAUAUGUUUUUGACCAAGUGCUACGCGCGAUUCUCGGAGCGUGGAUUCACUUCUAAAAGCGGAGAUGAAGAUGUUGAAAAGACACUUGCAAUUACAAUUGGGCUUAUAGCUGGUGUUGCUGUCCUCAUUGUUUUCCUUUCGGUUCUAAAUAAGCUUUGUGAAAAGAAAGGUGGUAAAUAAAUAAGGCACAUCUUGUGCAUGUGGAUAGAACUUCUUCUCCUUGCUUCUUACUUGGGUAAAUUGCUUUCUUUUGAUGCUCUUUAGCUUUUGUAUAUUAGAUCUCACUUUUUACUCUAACCCAUCCUUUUUUCAAGAUUCCUUCCUAUAUCCUCAAAACAAGACUGAAAAGGUUGGCUAAAAGGUGAUGGGAAGGAAACAGGAGCCUAAAAAUCAAUAAUAGCAGCUAUAGUGCAUGUAACACUUUGGCUUCUAUAGUACUUUUGUUAACUUUGGCCUCUAUAGUACUUUUGUUAAAGUGCUCACUUUCUGCUGAAGAUAAGUCUUGCAUUAGGGCACUUUUUGUUUGUGAAGGAUAUGCAAUUUGUUAAGCCCCUUUUUUCAUGUAAGGAACACUUAUAUUCAAUUAUAAAGUCAGAAUGCAGAAAGUUCAAUUGCUA